AUGUGUGAAGACCCGCAGAAAUCACUUGAACCAGUAAGAGACUCACUCCAAAGACUCUGCUUGGUGUCUUUUUCUCAGCUGUAUUUACCGAGGGAGCGCAAGACUCAGUCUGGCGGAGUCUCAGCCAAUGCUCGUCUCCUUCUCUUCCACAUCUUCACCCUCCUCCUGGACUGCAGGCCUAAGCCUAGUGACCUCAUCUCCUGCCACUUGGCCCUCAUCCACAUAGUGAUGCUCCUCACGUCACUCUUUGUGUCAUCUCCACACCUGUUUAAGUCUCUGAAUUUUCAGAAUGACGUCCACUGUAAGGCAUUUUUCUUCGUGAACAGAGUGAUGAGGGGUCUUUCCAUCUGCACCACCUGCCUCCUGAGCAUGUUCCAGGCCAUCACCAUCAGCCCCAGGAGCUCCUGGUUGGCACAAUUUAAACAGAAAUUCAUGAGCUGCAUCAUCCAUGUUUUCUUCUUCUUAUGGGCUUUCAAUUUGUCUCUCAGUAGUGACCUCAUCUUCUACACUAUUUCUUCUUCCAAUGUAACCAAAACCAAUUCACUGAAGGUCAGUAAAUACUGCUCACUUUCCUACAUGAACUUCAUCAUAAGGGGACUGUUUUUCACUCUGAACUUACUCAGGGAUGCUUCCUUUGUAGGAAUCAUGCUGCUUUCAAGUGUAUACAUGGUAAUUCUAUUGUUCAGACAUCAGAGGAGAUCCCAGUAUCUUCACAGCAGCAGUCCCUCCCCAAGAAGCUCUGCAGAGAAAAGGGCCAUCCAGACCAUCCUGAUGCUGGUGAUUUUCUUUGUGGUCAUGUAUUGGGUGAACCUAAUCUCAUCCUCCUCCAUCUUGUUAUGGGCAUAUGACGCAGACCUCCUCAGUGUCCAGAUGCUUGUUCUCAAUGCUUACACCACAGUCAGUCCUUUGUUGCUAAUCAGUUCUGAUAAAAGGGAUCCUUGGUGCUUUGCUGCUGCCCGUGAUGCUGGUAGCACCACCUGGGGCACAGGGAUGGGCUCUUCUGCCACCUCUGGGAUCCCCUGA